AUGGCUGGUGCCCUGAUUUUGCUACUGCCAUUGCUAUUCCCUAGUCUUUUCACUCCUUUGAGCCAUGCUUUGCCCUCUGUUCUCUCGGAAUGGAACACUCCAAAACCUAGACACUCUCGUCUACUUAAGAGUGCCAUCCAACGCCAAACUUCUGAUGAGCAACAGGCUGAUCUAUGGAGGCCUUUGCCUGACCAAGGAUGGAAGCCUUGCCUCAAAUCAGUUAGUACCUCAAAAGUGCCAGAAAAAUCUGAAGGUUAUAUUCAGGUGUUCCUCGAUGGAGGUCUAAAUCAGCAGAGAAUGGGUAUUUGUGAUGCAGUUGCUCUCGCUAAAAUUUUGAAUGCGACCCUCAUAAUUCCACAUCUUGAAGUGAAUCCCGUCUGGCAAGACUCAAGCACAUUCAUGGAUAUUUUUGAUGUGGAUCACUUCAUUAACGUGUUGAAAGAUGACGUGUCUAUUGUUAAAGAGGUGCCUGAUGAAUACUUUUGGAGCACAAGAGAAUAUUACGCCACAGCCAUUAGAGCUAACAGAGUUAAAACAGCGCCUGUUCAUGCUUCGGCAAACUGGUAUCUAGACAAUGUAUUGCCUAUCCUUCAGAGUUAUGGAAUAGCUGCAAUUGCACCCUUUUCACACCGCCUGGCAUUUGACAAUAUGCCGGAGGAGAUCCAACGGCUAAGAUGUAAAGUCAACUUCCAAGCUUUGGUUUUUGUCCCUCACAUCAGAAAACUUGGUGAUGCCUUAGUUAGCCGGCUCAGGUACCCUCCGAGCACAAGCCAAGUCAUUGGCACUGAAAAAAUUGAAAAUUCCAAAGGCAAUCUAGGGGCUGGAAAAUUUGUUGUCAUACACCUCCGUUUUGACAAGGAUAUGGCUGCCCACUCGGCCUGUGACUUUGGGGGAGGUAAAGCUGAAAAAUUGGCUCUGGCUAAAUACCGACAGGUUAUUUGGCAAGGGAGGGUUUUGAAUUCUCAAUUCACGGACGAGGAGUUGAGGAGUCAAGGGCGGUGCCCUUUGACUCCAGAGGAAAUUGGAUUGCUGCUGGCAGCUUUAGGAUUUGACAACACCACCCGAUUGUAUCUUGCUUCUCACAAGGUGUAUGGUGGGGAAGCUAGGAUCUCAACAUUACGAAGUUUAUUUCCACUAAUGGAGGACAAAAAGAGCCUGGCAUCCUCAGAAGAAAGAGCUGCAAUUAAAGGGAAGGCUUCCUUAUUAGCUGCAGUUGAUUAUUAUGUGAGCAUGCACAGUGAUGUUUUCAUUUCAGCAUCCCCAGGAAAUAUGCACAAUGCUGUGUUGGGCCACCGAACAUAUGAGAACAAGAAGACUAUACGGCCUAACAUGGCACUAAUAGGCCAGCUUUUCCUGAACAAGAAACUGACCUGGCCCGAUUUUCAAGAGGCAAUUAUCGAGGGUCAUAAAAACAGGCAAGGGCUGCUUAGACUACGCAAAUCAGAGCAGUCUAUAUACACGUACCCAGCUCCCGAUUGCAUGUGCAAUGCUUGA